ACUCGAGGCGUGAACGUGGCAGCCAUUUUACAUCAUCAAGAGUGAAUGAGUGAAGCCGGACCAGUGCCGGGACUUUUACACUUUUCAGUCACAUUUAUCUUCCUAUUUCAUCCACAACGUUCGCAGUGGUGAUCCAGCGGCAGAUUUCUGGAGACAUGGCCACAGAACAUAUUAAUGGAAAUGGUCCAGAAGAACCAAUGGACACCUCUGCUGCAGUUACCCAUUCUGAGCACUUCCAGACUUUAUUAGAAGCUGGUUUACCACAGAAAGUUGCUGAAAAACUAGAUGAAAUUUACGUAGCAGGUUUGGUGUCACACAGUGACUUAGAUGACCGAGCAAUUGAGGCUCUGAAAGAAUUUAACGAAGAAGGUGCUCUACAAGUCCUUUUGCAAUUCAAGGACAGUGACCUCUCACAUGUGCAGAACAAAAGUGCCUUUCUUUGUGGCGUGAUGAAAACCUACAGACAAAGAGAGAAGCAAGGGACCAAAGUGUCAGACACCAACAAAGGACCAGAUGAGGCCAAAAUAAAAGCUUUGCUGGAGAGGACAGGAUAUACACUUGAUGUAACAACUGGGCAAAGGAAGUAUGGCGGUCCGCCACCAGAGUCAGCCCACUCAGGGGCACAACCCACUAUUGGUACAGAAAUAUUUGUGGGGAAAAUCCCCAGAGACCUGUUUGAGGAUGAGCUGGUUCCUCUGUUUGAGAAAGCCGGUCCAAUCUGGGAUUUGCGUCUGAUGAUGGAUCCCCUCAGUGGCCUAAACAGAGGCUACGCCUUUGUCACUUUCUGCACUAAAGAAGCUGCACAGCAGGCUGUCAAGCUGUGCAAUAACAAUGAAAUUCGACCUGGCAAACACAUUGGUGUGUGCAUCUCUGUGGCCAAUAACAGGCUCUUUGUUGGGUCAAUUCCAAAGAGCAAAACAAAAGAUCAAAUUGUUGAAGAAUUUGCAAAAGUCACAGAGGGACUUACUGACGUCAUUUUGUACCACCAGCCAGACGACAAAAAGAAAAAUCGUGGCUUUUGUUUUUUGGAAUAUGAAGACCACAAAAUGGCAGCCCAAGCUCGCCGCAGGCUCAUGAGCGGCAAAGUGAAAGUAUGGGGAAACAUUGUCACUGUGGAGUGGGCUGAUCCAAUUGAAGACCCAGAUCCAGAGGUCAUGGCCAAGGUCAAGGUUCUGUUUGUCAGGAACUUGGCGAGCUCGGUGACUGAGGAGAUCCUUGAAAAGGCCUUCAGUCAGUUUGGCAAGUUGGAAAGAGUGAAAAAAUUGAAAGACUACGCAUUUAUCCACUUUGAGGAACGAGAUGGUGCCGUGAAGGCAUUGACUGAUCUGAAUGGCAAAGCCCUUGAAGGUGAAGACAUUGAAAUUGUCUUUGCAAAGCCACCUGACCAGAAGAGGAAGGAGCGCAAAGCACAGAGACAAGCUGCUAAAACACAAAUGUAUGACGAUUACUAUUAUUACGUGCCUCCUCACAUGCAUCCACCAACGAGGGGCAGAGGACGGGGCGGACGUGGCGGUUACUCCUACCCGCCGGACUACUACGGCUAUGAAGAUUAUUACGAUUACUAUGGCUAUGAUUACCACAACUACAGGGGUGGCUACGAAGACCCAUACUACGGCUACGACGACUUCCAGGGAUCUGGGAGAGGACGAGGAGUGCGGGGAGCAAUACGCGGUGGCGUCGGCCAGACCCGAGGCCGCGGCGGCAUCACACCAAGGGGCAGAGUAGGCUUCACCCAACGAGGAGGUCCUGGAACAAGCAGAGCAGGAAAGCGGGGCCGGGGGCGGUCCUGACCUGUAACAGUGGAUACUGACUUGAUGAGUGGAGUUACACCGUAAUCUGCAAUGGAUGUUGAAACAAAAAGAGCUUGACAAAAGGUCCAAUGAUAUUCCAGCCUUACAGAAGAAGCAUCUCCCCCAACUCCCCCCCCCCAUCUUUUUUUCUGAAACUUUUCACUUUAAAAAAACAGAAGUCGACCGCGUCUCUUCGCAGUCCCUUUUGCCCCAUGCCCCCUUAACCACGCCCUGCUACACAGGGCUUAAUGUAUUGCCCUAACAAUCUCCCCCGCUCCCUGUCCCCGAACAUGCCAUUUUUAAAUAAUUAUUAAAGAAUUUGCACUUUUUAAGUUUCUUAGGUUUGAAGUGGCUCGGAAGAGCUUGAUGUAUAUUUUUGUGCUGAACGCAAUUUUAUUGUCGGAAUAUCCAUGUCUUAAUCGUUUGAUCUGGAUGUUUGAAAGAGAACAUUUGCAGGUUUUUAGGGUGUACCCACCUGGCAUGGAUAAGUCAGGCAUUCCAGGAAAGUGGUUCUUUUCAGAACUUGUCUUUAAAGGGUUGGUUGACUACCUCAAUACCGAGGACUAAACUACCCGGCCUGUACUGUAAAUAGGGAAACUAUAUUGAUGAAAGCAGGGCUUGUUUCCAUACAAAUAUAUGCACAAGAGCUGUGACAUAAUCAUUGUACUUCAUGAAAUAAAGUAAUUUUUUUGCCACAGCUCUGACACUGCAAACAGUCAAACUGGGCAUGCAAACAAUCUCAUAUGAUGAGUCUGAACAAGCCCUGCUUUUGUCCUAUUUUGAACUGAAUUAGCCGCUUUGCUUCUUCAGAGUAUGUAGUUACUGUUUGUAUAGUUUUUCGGACAAAAAUGUUACUUUUGUAAAGGCUUCAACUUUGCAGGCAUCCAACUGCCUUUUAAUUCUAAAAGACAAAAUAAUGCCCUGCAGUCUCCCUUUGGUGCAACUGUACUAUUCCAGUGGGUUUGUUUUUAUAUUGACAUUUUCAAAUAAUGUAAAGCAACCUUACAGUCUUUCAUCAUUAGAAUCUUCAGUAAUGAUCCCUACUUGUAGCCAAGUACCGCAACUACGGAGUAGAUCCUUAGCUUAUCUUGAUGGAUGACUGAAUUGCCAUAAUGCCCAGAUCAGUGAGCAUGUGUGCCUAUGGUGAGGUGGUAUUUGGCUGGGGAUCAUUGACGCAGUGGUAGAAGGGAUACUGCAGUGAAUGAAUUCUUAUUUCCAGGUAUAACAAAGAGGAAACCAUACUACUCAAUCCCAGUUUUCUAUACAGUUAACUCCCUCAAUGAAAUCACAACCACCUUUUGAAGAAAAAAAAAGAUGUUAGCAGUUAUUGUUGGUGGCCAACAACGUUUUUUGCAUUCCUGCAAAUAAAUUGUUUUAUACUGUAAAAUGGAGGUGAGUGUAACUUAUUUUUGUAAUAAAGUUUUUGAUUUCUA